AGAGCUCCGGAGCCGCGCCGGGACGGCCGCGCCGAGGCACCAUGCGGGCUGCGGGGCUGCUGCCGCUGCUGCUGCCGCUGCUGCUGCUGCUCGGUGUCAGCUCUCAGGAUGACUCAGGUGCUGCAGUCAUACAAGCCUCAACCACCACGACUGUAAAACCCACCAAGAGCCCAAGUACCACCAGAACCACAGAAACCACCACAACCACAGAGACCCCCACAACCACAGUGCCCACCACGAGGAGCCUGCCUGCAAGCACUGAAGGAACCUCAGCAGCACUCUCUACAUCAUCACCUUCCACAGUGAAAACCAGCAGCACUGAUGCAGCAGCUGCUCAGACCACUGUCACACCACCCACCACAGCUCAAAGCAACAGCACCACAGCCAGCCAGGGAACGCCACCGUCCUCCAGUGCAGCUCCACCCAGCACAAUGACACAGGACAUCUCCUCAAAGCAGGGGACCCCAUCCACCCCAACCUCCACACCUGUGCAGAAAAGCUCCUCACACAGCCCCACUACCCCCAGAACCACCCCUGCUGCACGCCCCACGACUCCCCAGCAGACCACUACAAGUGUUUCAGGAAACUUGGGGACCUCUAGUGCUGCACAACCUGUUGGCACUGAUACAACCACUCCUCCAGGAGCUGCAGGGGCUGUUGGCACAUCCCCUUCUGGCACACAGCCUCAGGGAAGCCAGACUUUGUCUAACACCAGUGGGAGCACCACAGCGUCAACGUGUAUCUGUCCCCCAGGCUGCCGGGACUGUGUUGUCCCUCCUCACAGCAAUAGCACCACGCAGCCUCCUCCUUCUCCCACUUCUCCAGCCCAGGGACCAACCCCUUCCAGCCAAACUGGAAGCACCAAAACUUCUGUUAGCCCAGCCCCCACCACCCCCACGAUGUCACAAGCUGGCACCAAAACCACGAUCCCAGGGGAAGCCCCCACGACACCUUCUGGAGCAGACCACGAUGUUGGAUCUGCAACAACCAAACCCACCAGUGACUCCCAGAGCCCUGACAGUGCCCAGCCACCUCCUCCAGCCCCAGGGGACCAGGCAGAGGACUGCAGUCCUGACCUCCAGCACCCCAACAUUUCUUCACAAAACGAGCUCAUCUGUCAAGAUCAGGUGCAGUAUACCAGGCCCACUAUUCGGCUGAAAGAACCCAGAACCUGUGCUGAGUGGAUGAAUGCCAGCAACAACACCUCCUUCUACGAGAGCUUCUGCUCCACGGCCCAGCGCGCGUUUGACGCCAGCAGGGACAGGUGCACGGUGAAGCUGAUGGCCUGCAAGCCCAGCUCCCAGCACUGGGCCGUGCAGGUGACCCUGCACCUUCCCUUAGACUCUGAAGAAAUCCUCACAGAGCUGAAGGAGAAGAAGGACAAGCUAGAGCAGCUCGGCAUUUUCAACAUCACCUCUGAUAAAAUGGAAGACAUGACCAUCAAGGAUGAGCUGAGCACGCCCCUGAUCAUCACCAUCAUCACCCUGGCCGGCUCCCUGCUGCUCAUCGCCGCCAUCUACGGCUGCCACCAGCGCUUCUCCCAGAAGAAGGACCAGAACAUCCACCCUGAUGUCCCCGGGUUUGAUGAUGGACAUGUGGCCCUGAUCUUUAAUCAGCGUCUGACCGAGGAGAUGCAGACCAUGGAGAACGGCUACCACGACAACCCCACGCUGGAGGUGAUGGAGACCUCCUCUGAAAUGCAGGAGAAGAAGGUGAACCUCAAUGGGGAGCUGGGGGACAGCUGGAUCGUUCCUCUGGACACCCUCAUGAAGGAGGACCUGGAGGAAGAGGAGGACACGCAUUUAUAGGAUGCAGAACUUGAUCGAGAGAAAAACAACCACCCCCCUAAAAAAUCCCAUAAACCCUACACACACGCACACAGAGCUCCAAAACAAGGCAAAAUUCCCCCCAAAAAGCAGAAAAUCCCUUAAUGAACUAAUUGUGGCCCCUUGUGCCACCAUGUGGGGUGCAGGAUGGAAGAGGAAAGGACAUGAGAAGACACCUCUGGGGCACAGCAACACAAGCCACAUCUGGCCAAGCAUCCUCCAUCCCCCAUCCUCCUCCCACGCCAGACAAGAGCAGCCAUGGGCAAACAGGGUGGCUUUGCUCCUGAAGAGCUGCUGGUGUCUCCUCCAAUCAUGUCCCCUCCCAUCCCACAUCUGACCAUGCCAGCUGCACCCUCCAGCGACAGAGCGACUCAGAAAUCAAGAGAAAUAAAAUAAAUAGGAUGGGAGAUGGAGCACAUCUGACAGCAAAGCAGCACUCGGCAAUUACAGCUCGACAAAUCCUCUGGCCCACGCUGUUUAGUCAUCACCCUGCCCUCCCUGACACCCAGGUAGUGAAUGAACAAAGCUGGAACAGCCUGGUUCUUUUUAAUCCAGUUUGCAUCCUCUGCUCAGAGCUGAAGCGCACAAGAGCCCCUCGUUGUGCCACAGUGAAUGGAUGCAUCCCAGCAGGGUGGCAGGGAUGCAGCAGUGCCAAGAGAUGCUCAGCCCUGCUGCCAAGGGCUGUGCAACAGAUCCUGCACCCACCUGGAGACCCAGAGAGGUGCAGCAGCUUCUUGUUUUGAAAGGAUGAGGAGGAGGGAGAGGAGAAGGAGGAAUUCCUUGAGUUCAUCCCUCUUAGGAAGGGUGUGGAGAGCAAGAGCAAUGCCUGGUCUCUAGCCCAGGUGUGGUGUUGGGGGUUUUGUGGUGCAGGAGCCCAGCUCUGGUGCUGCACUUCCCUACAGAAGGAUCACUUGCCUUCCAGGAAUUAUACAGCAGCAUCUCACAGCCCUCAUCCAUCUUCCACCAGACUGUGGGACACAUGCACCACGAUGGUUUGUGAUUUUUGAGGGCACAUUUUCCAGCAUGAGCAGCAGAAGAGGCAAAAGAGCAGCAGAAUGUGAGCCAGGGAGCUUGAUGGCAUUCAGGUGUCCCUUGGUGUUUCAUCCCCUCAAGGUUUAAACGCUCAGCCCACGCUCUCAAGCUCUUCUUCACAAGCCACUGAAAUAACAGAGACCUGCAAAGCGACUUCCAGCUCAGCAGUGAAGCUGGGACUGAGCUUUGUCCUGCAGCCCUUGCUCUGUCACCCAGCUCUCCCUUUGCUGAAGCCUUUAAAGGGGAGAAGAAGAAUAUGGCUGGACUGAGGCCAUUUCUGGAUUUUGACUCCCCACCACAGCUCCUAGAUGGCUCUAAAAGGUUGAGGAGUUUCAUGCCUGUGCUCUGGUGAAGCAGCUCAGUCCUGGCAGAGGCAGGGAUCAUCCUCCAGCUGGGCUCCAUCCUCCAGCACACGAGGACCAGGAGGUCACUUGGCUGAGUCCCUCUCCCAGCAUGAGGAUGGUGCUUGUCCCAAACCCUCUGCCAGCCAGAGGAGCUGCAGAGAAGAGCAAUGCCCAAACCCUUCUCCUCUGCCUGCCACAAACCAAGGCACAGCAGGGACAUUUCCUUUGGGUUCUGCCACCAAGUCAACCCACUGGGAUCUGCUCCCAUGGCUGCCUGAAGGAGGGGAAAAGCAUUCCCAAGCAAUGGGAAGCUUGGAGAAACCCUGGUGGAGUUGGGAGUACUCAGGAAGGAGGGGAUCAGGGUGUUUCACUCAGCCCCAGGACAGGUGCUGGCAGAAGAUGCAAGAGACUCUUCCCCCUUCUGUCCUGCACUGAAGGGCAGAGUCUGAAGUGUUCAAACCUUUAUAUUUUUGUAUGUAAAUAUUCCUGCUAUUCAUUAGCAAUGUAUUCUGCACACUUCACUUACCUGUGCACUGCACUAUGGGGAAGUAAUUCUGGAGGGGAGGGGAAAUAACAAAGAAAAUAAAUGUUAAAAAAAAAUUAAAAUCUUAAAAAGAAAAAAAAAAAAAAGAAAGAAAAAGCUAAAGGCCAGCCUGGUAGGGGAUUAAAAUUUGACAUGAAGCAGAAAAACACCUCUUGCCCAGGUAACUUUGUGCCAUGGCUUUGUCCCUGUUCUAGCACCAUCAAGUUCAGCUCUUUAACAUGGCCACGAGUCUCAGAGAACUCAGACCCUCAGCUCUGAAUUGCUCUUGUGAGCACCGUGGCCUCCCAGCUGCCCUGACAGACAAGCAGCAGGUCCCUGACCUCCCAUUUCUGUCCUUCCCAGAGAACAAACCCAGUGAAACCAGGGCAGCAGCGCUGCUGUGGCCACCAGGGCUGGAGCUGCCACAGGGACACUCCUGGCAGGGCAUCUCCAGGCAGUUGGGCUUUGGCACGUGCCUAAAGAUUCCCCCUUCCCAGCAAAGAGAUGCCAAAGUGCUUUAAUGAGUCAGGUCCAAAGACUUUCCAAGAGAACCCUACAGAGGCUUGAGAUCAAGGAACCUUAAAUCUUUCCGAGCAGAGACCACUGAGGAUGUUAACUGCUCAGCAAGUGCUUAUAGUGAUUUAUAUUUGAAUAGGAAUUGUACAUUUAUUUAUUUUUCCAGACACCGUAUUUUUAAACCACUAAUAUUUUAUAGUAGAUUUUCCUUCCCCUAUUUAAAAGAACUAUUUCCACAGGAAAAGAAAACAGUACUUUUUUUUUUUUUUUUUAAUGUUGAGAACAUUCUUUUUUUGGAAAAAAAAAAAAUCAGGUAGGAAAUGCAGCAAUGAGCAUCUUUGGCCUUAACCCUUCCCUUCAUAGACUGUAGCCAUAAUUGUUAGACCAAAAAUAAUAAAUAAAAUUUAAAAAAAAAUAUUUACCCAGGCAUUCCCUUCCUCCCUUCCCUGUGCUCCUCUCCCCCAAAACAGCUUUAACAUCCCACACAUUGUACAAAGAGAUUCCUGCUCUUACCUUUCAGUGAGAGCUUUACAAGCAGCUCAGAUGUCCUUGCAAGAGACUUUUCUACUUUCAGAUUCAUGAGGAAACGUGUAAAUACUUUAGGAACAUUUUAUCUCCCGCUCACAGUGCCGUGACCCAGCUGAUGAGGUUGAUACUGUGACAGAAGACACACAGAAGUGAUAAUCCAUGAGGGGCUGGAGAAGGAAAAGCUAAUUCCUCAGGUGGUUACCUGUUGAACCUUGCACACAGAGCAGAGCUCUCACAUACUGUGUGUAGCAGCAUCUCUCAUGGGGACAGGAGUCUGAUUUACACUGGAAUUUACUGAGGAACUGGAUUGUAAGAGAUUAUUCUUGCAUUUUCCUACAAAUAUAUUUUGAGAGCAUCAUGUAUUUCUGUCAAUAAACAUUCUUAUGUAAAA